AGCGUUAGCCUCAGCCAUGAGUCGCCGGGACAAUAAUGUGAGGAAGUUGUCCUUCCUGGGAUUCCACACCAAGGAGACAAGCAACGAUGACCCGAACGAGGUGCAUCUGGAUGACGAAAUCGAGCGCGUCUUCGGUACCGCCGCCGAGAAGGAACGUUUCGAACUGAACCGCCUGCAGGACGCAGUCAUCCUGGACAACUCGCCGCUCAAGUACGACGAAGCGCAACGCGUCCCGGACAGCGCGGACCUCCAAAUGCAUCAGGACACCACGUCGAGCGCCAGCAGCACUAGCAACAACAACAACACUACCAUCAACAAACCGACCAAUAUCAGCAGCGGGCACAGCAAUGAAAGCCGCAAACCGGUAUCAUCACCGCCGACCACCACCCCAACCAGCCCGAUCUCGUUCUCGUCUAAGAGCGAGGCGACGGACACGAAACCUUCGACGGCCAACAACACCACACUAGCGGACAACACCUCGAACGAUUUCAGCGAAACCGUACACGAUGAGCCGGUGGUCGAUCAGGGCACGGUUCAGGGUGAACAGUGGGAUACGAGCGCCAGAAGAAAUGUGCACUUUGACAAGGAAAACAAGGGAGCUGCGAUUGAUGGCCUACCGCUAGAGGAUACCAACGAAGAGCGCCGUCGACGAACGGAACGUCACCAUCCGCACAAAUCGCGGAAAUUUUCGCUCCAGGAGUAUCACCCGGAAUGGCGACGACAGAGCGGUACCGAGGGUGGCCCAACCGGGCGCCGAAUUUCGGUCCAGCCGGAGGACGCCACACUGCAAGAGGCCGACAUCGACGAGCUAACGUCACAUCGAUCGGACGAUCCGCGUGCAUUGCGCCGGCACAAGGUAAGCGCCCAGUCCGGUUCAUCGAUGGUGAACAUCAAUCGCAAGGAGGCGCCCCAGCUGCAGCAUCUGUUACCGUCCAGCAAGUACAAGAAAAUGUACGACCACAGCCCGCACGAGGUGUUUGUGCAGCUGGACGAGCUGACGGGCAGUGGGGAGGAUCGGGAAUGGAAGGAGACGGCCCGCUGGAUCAAGUACGAGGAGGACGUGGAGGAGGGUGCGGAUCGGUGGGGCCGACCGCACGUUGCUUCCCUGUCGUUCCACUCACUGCUGAAUCUGCGCCGUUGUCUCGAGACGGGCGUCGUGCUGAUGGAUCUGGAGGAGAAGGAUCUGCCGUCGGUGGCUUACCGGGUGGUCGAACAGAUGGUGGUUGAUGAGCUGAUCCAUGAGGAUGAUAAAGCGGUCAUCAUGCGGGCACUACUGCUGCGCCAUCGGCACGUCAACGAAAGCUCACACGGUGGGUUCUCGUUCGCUCCGAAGCGGAAGUACAGCAGCUACACCAGUCUUCAGUCGCUGUCGAUGCGUGCCGAGGACGGUGGAAAUGGCGAAGUGAUCGUAGGCGUUAGACGAUUGAAUUCCUUCGUAAGCCCUACCCAAAGCUACACGCUCAGUCCACCCUCGCUACACCCGAACUCGGUGUACGGCCAGAGUCCGAAUCUUUCCUCCCGCAACCAACCGCCGCCGCCGCCGCCGCCUUCCUCCAAGGAUCGUCACGCGAGGCACACAUCUAACCAUGGCCGGUGCAGACGUUCCGGCAGCCAGGAUAGUAGCAGCACGGCAACGGCAACAGCAGCAGCAGCACCGGUGACACUAACCACGGUCACCUGUGCCGUUGGUAUGCGACGAAAUAACUCACCUUUAUCGCUGACAGUUAGUGUCGAUGACAAGAAGCCACGCAUUGUACCGGCGGCCGAAAUUAAUGGUCACGGGGGCCAUGGUGAGACGCGGAUCAACAUCAACGAGGAAACGUACACCUCCUCCCAGGAAGACAUCAAGAUGCGCACGCAGAAGGAAUCGAUCCUGAAGCGUAUUCCGGAGGGUGCCGAAGCAACGACCGUCCUUGUCGGUGCCGUAGACUUUCUCGAACAACCAACGAUCGCUUUCGUCCGGCUGGCGGAAGGUAUCCCGAUGCCGAGUAUUACGGAAGUACCGAUUCCGGUGCGUUUCCUGUUUAUUUUGCUUGGACCACAGAAGACCGAGCUGGACUACCACGAGGUAGGUCGAUCGAUCGCUACACUCAUGUCGAACGAGCAUUUCCACGACAUCGCCUACAAAGCGGACGAUCGGCGCGAGCUCCUGUCGGCCAUCAACGAGUUUCUGGACGAUUCGAUCGUGCUGCCUCCGGGCAAAUGGGAACGUCAGGCAUUGCUUCCGUUCGAGGAGCUUAAGGCGAAGAGUGAUAUGAUUCGGUUGCGCAAGAAGAAAGCACUGGACGAGAAGAUCAAGAGCAAACAGUCGCAGCUGCUGACGAGCGAAGAGGAGAAGAAGCUGCUCGCAUCGAGCGGUGGCGAUGGUGGCGGGGAUGGGAAGAAACCGCCGAAGAAUCCGCUCGAAAAGACGAACCGUUGGUGGGGUGGUUUGAUCAAUGACAUCAAGCGUCGGUAUCCGAUGUACAAGAGUGACAUCGUGGAUGGGCUCAACACGGAAACGCUGGCCGCGACUGUCUUCAUGUACUUUGCGGCCCUUUCGACGGCGAUCACGUUUGGAGGACUGUCCUCCGACAAGACGCACAACUUGAUCGGUAUCUCGGAAACGCUCGUGUCCGCGUCGAUGGUGGGCCUCGUGUUUCAUCUGCUCGCUGGACAACCGUUGGUCAUCAUCGGUACAACCGGUCCACUGCUGCUGUUCGAUGAAGCGCUUAAUCAGUUCUGUAUCUCGAACAAUUUUAACUUCCUGACGGUUCGUGUGUACGUUGGGUGCUGGUUGGCGGUGAUCGCGCUAGUUGUGUCCGCGUUUGAGGGUAGCGUGUAUGUGCGAUUGUUCACACGCUUUACGCAGGAAAUCUUUUCGGCCCUCAUCACGCUAAUCUACAUCGUGGAAACUGUCAUGAAGUUGGUGUCGGUAUACCAGCGCCAUCCAUUGCUGGCAGAAUAUUUGUACAAGAACGUCACCGAACCACAGCCAUUGCCGAUGCCAUAUCUGGAGGAAGGCAACGGUACGACUACGGCCGAUCUGCUUGCCGAGAGCCUUACGACGGUAGUGAACGCAACGCUGGGCGUUCCGAUCGAAUCCGACAAUCUGCUCAUCCCGGAGGACAUCAAUGGGCCAAAGAAUCGACCCAACACGGCACUCUUCUGUACCAUCCUUACCCUGGGAACAUUCUCCUUGGCGUACUAUCUGAAGCUGUUCCGUAACUCACACUUCCUCGGGCGUAAUGCGCGACGUGCGCUGGGUGACUUUGGUGUACCGAUUUCGAUCGCGCUGUUUGUGCUGAUCGACUACAUGAUUCCGGAAGUGUUCACGGAGAAGCUUAGCGUACCGGAAGGUCUUUCGCCUAGUGAUGAAACUCGUCGUGGAUGGAUUAUUCCACUGGGUGGUGUUCCCGGAUGGUUACCGUUUGUCGCUGGCAUUCCUGCCCUGCUGGUGUACAUUUUGAUCUUCAUGGAGACGCACAUUUCCGAGCUGAUUGUGGACAAACCGGAGCGUGGCCUAAAGAAGGGAUCCGGUUUGCAUAUGGACAUUGUAUUGCUGUGCUUCCUCAACACGGUCUGUGGGUUCUUCGGUAUGCCGUGGCAUUGUGCUGCUACUGUUCGUUCGGUGACGCACGUGUCGGCCGUCACUAUUAUGUCAAGAACUCAUGCACCAGGCGAUGCACCACACAUUACGGAUGUGAAGGAGCAAAGAAUAUCGGGCUUUUUCGUGUCGCUAAUGGUGGGUCUGUCCGUAACGAUGGCUCCGAUCUUGCGCUUGAUACCGAUGUCAGUACUGUUUGGAGUGUUCCUGUACAUGGGCAUCGCUUCCAUGAGCGGAGUCCAGUUCUUUGAACGAUUGCGGUUGUACCUAAUGCCCGUCAAGCAUCAUCCCCAAGUGCCAUUCGUGCGGCGAGUACCGUCGUGGAAAAUGCAUCUCUUUACCUUCGUACAGGUAUUGGCACUGGCCAUGCUAUGGGCCGUCAAAUCGUCACCCUUCUCGCUGGCAUUCCCCUUUUUCCUGAUCCUGAUGGUACCGAUCCGGAAGCAGCUGGAAAGUAUCUUUUCUCCACUUGAGUUGCGUGCGCUUGACGGUAGUCAACCGAACGAAGGUGCAGAGGAUGAACCCGAUUUCUACGAACAAGCUCCAAUUCCUGCUUAA